AUGACUCAGUGGUAUCAGCUACAGCAACUUGAUUCCAAGUUUUUAGAGCAAGUUCACCAGCUAUACGAUGACAGUUUUCCUAUGGAAAUCAGGCAGUACCUGGCACAGUGGCUGGAAAACCAGGAUUGGGAACAUGCAGCCAACAACGUGUCUUUUGCUACGGUGUUAUUCCAUGACCUGCUGUCACAGCUUGAUGAUCAGUUUAGUAGAUUCUUGAUAGAAAACAACUUUUUGCUGCAACACAACAUAAGGAAAAGCAAACGUAAUCUUCAGGAUAACUUCCAAGAAGACCCAAUACACAUGGCAAUGAUCAUCUACAACUGUCUGAAAGAAGAGAGGAAAAUACUGAACAGUGCCCAGUUGUCAAAUCAGAUGGAAGUAGGGAGCAUACAGAACACUGUGAUUGGGAUGCUGGACAAACAGAAGGAGCUUGAUGCUAAAGUUAAGGCUGUAAAAAACAGUGUAAUAGAUGUAGAACAAGACAUCAAGACAUUAGAGGAUAUGCAGGAUGAAUAUGACUUUAAAUGUAAAACCUUGCAGAACAGAGAGCAUGAGUCCAAUGCUGUGUCACAGGAGGAAUAUAAGAAAGAACAGAUGAAUCUCAAGAAGAUGUUCUUAUCACUUGACCUUAAGAGAAAGGAAGUGGUGAACAAAAUAGUACAGCUGCUGAACACCACAGAGCACACACAGAGUGCUCUUAUUAAUGAGGAGCUGGUGGAGUGGAAGCACAGACAACAGACUGCAUGCAUUGGUGGCCCACCCAAUGCCUGUCUUGACCAGCUGCAGAACUGGUUCACUGUUGUUGCUGAAAGUCUGCAGCAAGUUCGUCAGCAGCUCAAAAAGCUUGAGGAACUGGAACAGAAGUUUACCUACGACCCUGAUCCCAUCACAAAAAAUAAACAAGUUCUGCAGGACCGAACAUACAGUCUUUUCAAACAACUCAUCCAGAGUUCCUUUGUGGUAGAGAGGCAGCCUUGCAUGCCAACACAUCCUCAGAGGCCAUUAGUCCUGAAGACAGGAGUACAGUUUACUGUAAAGCUGAGAUUGCUGGUGAAAUUGCAGGAAUUGAACUACAACUUGAAAGUGAAAGUUUUUUUUGAUAAAGAUGUAAGUGAGAAGAACUCAGUCAAAGGGUUCAGAAAAUUUAACAUUUUGGGAACAAACACAAAAGUAAUGAACAUGGAAGAAUCUACUAAUGGAAGUCUAGCAGCAGAAUUCAGGCACUUGCAACUGAAAGAACAGAAGAAUGCAGGAAACAGAACAAAUGAGGGUCCUCUCAUUGUAACAGAAGAACUUCAUUCUCUCAGUUUUGAGACACAGCUGUGCCAGCCUGGCUUGGUAAUAGACCUAGAAACCACAUCCCUUCCUAUUGUUGUGAUCUCAAAUGUGAGCCAGCUUCCAAGUGGAUGGGCUUCUAUCUUAUGGUUCAACAUGCUGUCUACUGAUCCCAAGAACUUGUCCUUCUUUCUGAAUCCACCUUAUGCAAAGUGGUCUAAACUUUCAGAAGUUCUGAGUUGGCAGUUUUCUUCUGUAACAAAGAGAGGACUUAAUGCAGAUCAGCUGAGCAUGCUGGGAGAGAAGCUACUUGGGCCAACAAGUGGAGGAUCUCACGAUGGCCUUAUUCCUUGGACAAGAUUCUGCAAGGAAAAUAUAAGUGAUAAAAAUUUCCCCUUUUGGCUGUGGAUUGAGGGAAUCCUGGAACUUAUUAAGAAACACCUCCUGUGUCUCUGGAAUGAUGGCUGCAUCAUGGGUUUCAUCAGUAAAGAGAAAGAGCGUGCUUUGUUGAAGGACCAGAGUCCAGGAACAUUUUUGCUGAGAUUCAGUGAAAGCAGCAGAGAGGGAGCAAUCACAUUUACUUGGGUAGAAGGAUCUCAAAACGAGCCCCAGUUCCAUUCGGUAGAACCAUACACCAAGAAGGAACUCUCUGCUGUUACUUUCCCUGAUAUCAUUCGCAACUACAAAGUGAUGGCAGCUGAAAACAUUCCUGAAAAUCCACUGAGAUUUCUGUACCCAGAUAUACCCAAAGACAAUGCCUUUGGCAAAUACUACUCCAGGCCUAAGGAGGCACCAGAGCCAAUGGAUUUGGAUGGUCCCAAAGGAAACGGCUACAUCAAGACUGAGUUAAUCUCUGUGUCUGAAGUCCACCCUUCCAGGCUCCAGUAUCCAGACAAUCUGCUCCCCAUGUCUCCUGAAGAGUUUGAUGAGGUGUCUCGGAUGGUGGGCCCCGCAGAGAUUGAUACUGUGAUGUGUUCAGCAUAUUCAACUUAAAAGACGGGCUUUUUACUGCAUCAUUAACACAGCUGAUUAGCUUGUGCAUCCUGCUCUGCAGUCAAUGACUUGGUGACACGCUUCACUUCAAUUCUUUGG